AUGCGUUGUCGCUAUGUUGCGCUCGCACUAGCUAUAGUAUUCUUCGCUAGCUCAAAUGCAACCGAAAAUUCGAAGAGGGUCACUGCUGAUAUCCCUGCUGCCGUUCUGUCCAUCUCUGCGGACGAGAAGCACUACAGGCUCUUGAGGGCCGAAAGCACCGCGGAUGCGAACGACGAAGCGAGAGGAUUCAGUCUCAAGUCAAUUCCUGGUCUCUCGAAACUCACAAGUAUGUUCAAGACAAAGAUCACGCCUGGUACACUCCUAAACUGGGCCAACAAGGAGAAGUCGCCGGACUACGUGUUCCUAAAGUUAAAGCUUGACAAGACAGGGCAUCAACUUUUUGACAACCCGGAUAUCAACGUUUGGGCUGCUUAUACGAAUGCCGUAGUGAAAUCGAAUGCCGACGACGCGAUGCUCACGACAUUGAGGGCUCGCUACAGCGACGAUGCUCUAGCCAAGAUGUUCGAAACGGGCAAAAAGGUAACACAUAGCGAAAGCGUCGCCACUAAACUACAAAGUCGGCAAAUGGAAAACUGGAUGGCCGCUAAGAAGACGCCAGAUGAUGUGUUUAAGAUUCUUUUUCUUGACAAGGCUGGUGUAGGAGUCCUCGACAGCUCGGUCCUUGCAGGUUGGACCACCUACAUGAGGUUCUUCAACUCCAAACAGGAGAAUAGGAAGAAUCGAGUCACGUUGAUCAGUACACUUACGACACACUACAAAGAUCGAGGGGUUCUGGACAUUAUCGAAGCGGCCAAGAAAGUACCCAGCACGGCUAGGACUGCGAAACUAUUGGAAGCGAAUCAGAUUCAGUUUUGGCUGAAGAACGAAAGAACACCAGACGAGCUGCUCACGUUGCUGUCCCUCGACAAGGCCGGAGACCAGCUUCUAGCUAGUCCACUUUUUCAGACUUGGUCCAAGUACAUUAACUACUAUAAUAAGGAGUACCCCGGCGAGGCUACAACUGUGAUGAAGAAACUGACGUAUCAUCUUGGCGGGGAAGAAGUUAUAGGGAUACUUGCAGCAGCGCGGAAGACAGGGGAUGAUCUCCUAGACAAUCCACAGUUUAAGUAUUGGGGGAAGUACGUGGAGGAUUUCAAUUUGAACCCGCAACUCGAGGAUCUAGUGUCCAUUAUUGACAUAGUACGGAAGAACUUUGCGGAUGACGUACUGGCGCAUAUGAUUGUCACCGGGAUGAAGGCUCCGAGUACGAAAAGUAUGGCGCAGCGAAUGGAGGACGAGCUCUUCAAGGGAUGGAUAACAAACCUGAAGACGCCUGACGUUGUCUUUAUGUAUCUCACACUGAAUAAGGCGGGAGAAAAGGUAUUCGAAAACCCACUCUGGAGCAUGUACACAAAGUACUUAGACCACUUCAAUAAAGUGGUACCGAUGAAUCAAACUACGAUGAUAUCAGCAUUUGCGAGAAACUACGACAGGGAAGCACUAGCAAAAAUUCUCAUUGCGGCGAAGAAAGAUCUGCGUACGGAGAGACUCGCUUCGAAGUUGUAUACUGAACAAAUCCAACGCUGGCUGACUACCAAGGACCCGCCAGACCAGAUCUUCAAGGCGCUCAAGCUUGACGAGGUAACAGAUGACAUUUUCACCAGCCCAUUAUUCAAUACCUGGAGCGCGUACUUGGAUGAUUUCAAUGCGAAGUUCCCCGAUGAGAAAGUUUCUAUGAUCGAUACGUUCCGUACCAACUCUGACGAUGCAUUUCUGGCGAAGAUGUUCGUCAACGCAAAGGAGAUUCCGGCCAUGGAACAGCUCGCGACCAAGUUGCAGGCUGACCAGCUUCAGCGUUGGCUGGCGAAUCGAGAUACCCCGGAUGAUAUUUUCAGAGCACUCAAGCUUAACGCUGCAGUGGACGAUGUUCUAGCUAAUCCGUUGUUGAACACUUGGGCCACAUACUUGGAGGACUUCAAUGCCAAGUUCCCGAGGUCGAAAGUGUCGAUGAUUGAUACCUUCCGAGAGUUUUUUGGUGAUAAAGCUCUGGUAAAGAUGCUGGUGGCUGCAAAGGAGGUUGCGAGUACCAAGAAAAUCGCCAUGGAUUUGGAGACUUCGCUCAUCAACAAGUGGAUUCUUACUAAGAAGACCCCAACGAUCGUAUCCAAAUCUCUAGGGACAGAUGAGGGGAGCGCGAAGCUGCUGAAAAGCUACACCACCCUGUACAUGAAAACGGACGGGGGUGAUUUCCUUGGCGUUUGGUUUUCAUUUGUGGCUUCAAUACGAAUGUGAGCAACCCGACAAAUAGAGUAGACUAGCCACGUUCCGUGCUAUAGUCGAGAGGGAUAUUAACCCUUUAAAAAAAACAUUCAGCCCUAUAGAGUCAUUACAUCCUAAUUUUGUUUGUACAGUGUAGAAGUACGAUGAAUAACGAA